UAAUUUGUUACACGGAGAGUUUUAGUGAAAUUAUUGGACGAAAAAGCCUGCUUGUUUACCAUGAAAUGGCUCAUAAGUACCUAAAAAACCUCAUUCUACACCUUGUUGGUCCUGCAAACUUGAAGGCAAAAUUGAUUCAUGAAAUGGAUGAAUCAACACGUACACGUUUACAUUCAUGGGCUUCUCAUGGCAAUAUUGUAGAUAUCAAAGAAGCUACCUCAAAUAUGGUUUUUGAAUAUUUUGCUAAGAAGCUCAUUAGCUAUGAUGAAUGCAAGACCUCCAAGAAACUGAAGGAUAAUUAUAACGCAUUUAUGUCUGGCCUUAUCUCGUUUCCUAUAAACAUCCCAGGAACUGCUUACCAUGCAUGCUUAGAGGGUCGAAAAAAUGCACUGAAAGUGAUUAAGGAUACCAUGGAAGGGAGGAAAAAUUGCAAUAUUAACCAUGGAGAUUUCUUGGAUUAUUUAGUGGAGGAAGUGAGGAAAGAAGAUACAAUUUUGAGUGAAGAAAUUGCAGUGAACAUGAUAUUUCUACUUCUUUUUGCUGCUUAUGAGACGACUUCUACAGCCAUUACUUUAGCCAUCAAGUUUAUUUCUGAUCAUCCUCAAGUUCUAAUACAAUUAACGAGAGAGCACGAGGCAAUUCUUAAAAGCCGUGAGAGCAAGAACUCAGAGAUUACAUGGCAGGAAUACAAAUCCAUGACUUUUACUCAUAUGGUAAUCAAUGAAACACUCAGGCUCGCAAAUAUCGUGCCCGGAAUGUUCAGAAAAGCUGUGAAAGAUGUUCAGAUGAAUGGAUUUACAAUUCCAGCAGGUUGGCUGGUUAUGGUAGUUCCUGCAAUUACUCAUUUGGAUCCUGAUAAAUAUGAUGAUCCUCUUUUGUUUAAUCCAUGGCGAUGGGAGGGAAAGGAAUUGCAUGCAGGAUCAAAGACUUUCAUGGCCUUUGGUGGGGGUGUGAGACUUUGUGUGGGGGCUGACUUUGCAAAGCUCAAAAUGGCCAUCUUUCUUCACUACUUGGUUUUAAAUUACAGGUGGACAGUGAUCAAAGGAGGGGACACCAUUCGAAUGCCUGGUUUGAUAUUUCCUAACGGAUUACACAUCAAGAUUUCAGAGAAGCAGAAUGGAUGAAAAAUAUAAAAGAUUAUUUAUUUAUAGACCCUAAGGGGUUAGAUUUAUUAGCAAAACCAAUAGUAUAUAGUGCUACCUUGAAGAUAUAAUGGAACAGAAAUAUAUCUACCUUGAAGGUCUACUGAGCCCUAAGAGGUUAGAUUGUGAUGAUCAGUAUGGGCGGGUACGGGACACUAACAGGCUACGUGAUAUCCAAUCCCACAUCACUUAGGUGUAGAUCAAGAGAUGAUUUAAAUGUAAUAAUAGACACUUUCAUAAUGCUGAAACCUUUUCAAAAUAAUUAAAGAUGAUUUAAAUAUAAUAAUAAUCACUCUCAUAAUGGGAUAAUUUAAAUAUAAUAAUAGUUAUUCUCAUAACGCCGAGGCCUUUUUAGAGAGAUUGACUUCAAGGUUUAAGGAAGCUCCAAAGUUAAGCAUGCUCAGACGAGAGCAAUCCUAAUAUGGGUGAUUUCUUCGGAAGCUUUGAACAAAAUAUCUCAUACCGAGAGCGGUGGUCAAAUUAGGAACAAUAUGGGGUUGAGAGUGACAAAUCCACAAUGGAGGCAGGAUGUUAUAGCAAUAACCAUUUCUUCUUUUGCAACUUUUGUUGGUCCACCUAGUAGACCUUCUUCAACUUCACUACCAGCCCAAAGCCAUGUGGUAUACUUUAUUUCAAUAAUCAUAACACCUCAAAUUUCUGCUCCACUUGUGGUCGUGUCAGAUAAAUUUGCUGGACACUGUCAGUCUACUUCACUACUGACUUUACUUGAUCCAACUUAGUAUCUCAAUAGUGGUGCUACAAAUCAUGUAACAGCUGAUGCAAAUGCCCUUUUAGAGCAAAUUGAAUAUAUAGGCAACAACAAGUUAAUAGUUAGAAGUGAUUAGUUAUUUUUCAUAUUGGAAACUUUUAUCUUCCAACUAGUACUAUUCCCAUGAAGCUUUUGAAUAUUCUAUUUGUUCCUUCUAUUGCAAACAACAUGCCUAGUGUUUCUAAAUUGACUAAAGACAAUCAUUUGAUAAUUGAGUUUACUGUUGAUUCUUGUGUUGUUAAGGAUCAUCAAAGGACUAUACUGCUCCAACGAGUGCUUGAUGAGGGCUUAUACAAACUUAUUCUUCCUAGAAAAGGUCAUUAUUCGAGCUUGUUUUCUUCAUCAUCUCUACCUUCUUGUGACCAAGGCUAUCCUCUCUAUUCCUCAUC